AUGACCAAUUGCAAAGAAUAUCUAUCAAUGAACAAGAUGUUCAAGUAGUUAGAAGAACUUUAAUUAAUGAUCAAAAUGACCAAGUUCGUGGAACUUUAAUUAAUGAUCAAAAUGACGAAGUGCGAAGAACUCCAAUUAAUAAUCAAAAUGAUCAAAAUGACCAAAUGCUGAGAACUUCGUUUAAUGAUCAAAAUGACCAAGUGCGAAGAACUUCGAUUAAUAAUCAAAAUAACCAAGUGCGAAGAACUUCAAAUGAUCAAAGUGACCAAGUGCGAAGAACUUCAAAUGAUCAAAAUGACCAAGUGCGAAGAACUUCGAUUAAUGAUCAAAGUGACCAAGUGCGAAGAACUUCAAAUGAUCAAAGUGACCAAGUGCGAAGAACUUCAAAUAAUCAAAUGCGAAGAACUUCGAUUAAUGAUCAAAGUGAUCAAAAUGACCAAAUGCGAAGAACUUCGAUUAAUGAUCAAAAUAACCAAAUGCGAAGAACUUCGAUUAAUGAUCAAAAUGACCAGAUGCGAAGAACUUCGAUUAAUGAUCAAAAUGACCAAGUGCGAAGAAAUGUUCAAGAUGGCCAAGUGCGAAGAAUUUCAACUAAUGAUAAAAAUGACAAAGUGCGAAGAACUGUGCAACCAAUGAAUGAUCAAGAAGAUAACCAAAUGCAAAUAAUAGUGGAAAUAGAUGAUGAUGAGGCAUCGGACAUGAAUUAUGCAAAUAAUUUAGUAAAUGAUUCUGGUUUCCUUGAAGAGUUAUCGCCCUCAAAUACUAGAGUUGAAGGUUUGGCAUCAACAACAAUUUCAUAUACAGCAAUAGAAAUGCCGAUGAUCACAACUAAACAUAAUCAAAACAACUUAAAGAAACAUAAUUUAUCUCAAUAUACUUCUUUGACGCUUCGCGAUGCAUCUAACGAAUUAGAAAUCGCUCUAUGGGUGGCUCAUCACCCCAAAGUCCUAAGUUUAGCCAUUAGUAUCCGUGAAGCAAUGUCAAAUGAAGUAUCAGACAAUGGUAAUAACAAUGAAAUGUCCUCAAAUAUUACCUACUCAUAUAAUUCUAUACAAAAUCCUCCAGAAAUCAAUCAGGGUGAUCAUCGUAUGGCAGCAUUGGUAAAGGAUGUGGAUGGCUGGUAUAAUUCGUAUCGCUAUAAAUUGCAUGUUGCUAUUUUGCAACUUGCAGAAGAAUUCUCUGAAACACAUGAAUGGGAUGGGGAAGAACCGUCCAUGAUUGAAAUUGAAUUAUUUGUUAGCGAAAAUGUAUGGCGACAAGUACUCCAUUUUUAUUUGAAAGCUACGGACUUGCCAACUUUGAAUAAAGAUACUGAAAUACUUACGAAACUCAGUACUUUUGUACGUAAAACUGUUAAUGAUGUUCUUAAGGCCCAAAAGAAGGAUGAAGAUACACAACAUUUGAUCAAAAAGUAUGAUGAGUAUACUCUUGAUUUAAAAAUACCAACAAAGCUUGGUAUAGCAAAAUUUUUGCCAGUUAGAGAUCUUUUAGAUUGUUAA